GCCGGGUCAUACCGGGACUUCGGCACCGUGGAGCAGUUCCAGAAGACCACGGGCCUGGCGCGGAAGCGCACCACAGGCACCGCCAUGCCCCGUGAGAACUCCAUCCACAAGGGCCUGAUCGUGUGCACCAAGGAGUAUGGCGCCUUUGUACAGAUCAGCGCCUCG